UUCAUCUCCUUGGACAUUUUGUGUUCCCUUCUCUCCAGUGAGAAUUUCCUUGUCACCCCUCACAGAUCUUGCUACUUCUGUAUUAAUGCCUCCAGGAACACUUUGUUCAUUGUUAGGUAGACUGAUUGCUAGAGAAUUUAUUUUUUGGCUCCCAAAUCUGCCUUUCUAUUACAUCUAUCCAUCCAGCACAGUAGAGCAACGGAGAACAAGAGUAUCAUAAGUACAUUAAAAUUGCUUUAGUUUUUGAAAAAUAUUGGCAGAACUUCUCUAUGCUAUUUUUAUAGGUCAUGAUCCUUUAAAGUACAAGUGAUAGAAACUCAAUCAAACCAGCACAGGCUAAAAUUGAAGCAGUACUGGUUCUCCACACUGGAAAGUCCAGGGCUUUCAUGUAUGGGCUCAGUGAUUGUUACAUGGCUGACUUUCUUUGUGUUAGCCUUAGUCCUGGCAAACUCUUUCCACAUGGUGGCCAUUGAGAUCAGGGGCUGUAAACUACAUCUUAGAACCUAGUGGAAGGAGAGUGUCAUUUUACUAAUAGUUCCAGCAAAAUCUCAGGACUGAACCUUACUGUUCUGGAUGGCAUUGCUUACAUUAUGCCACAAACCAAUCAUUCUGUCCCUGAACCUCUUCUGGAGCCUAAGGUGAAGCUACGUGGGGUUAUAAGAAGGGGGAGGCUCUCUCCAAACAAAAACUAGAUGGCUGCGGUCAGAAUGGGGAAUGGGUUCUGGGCGGGCAAAAUAACAGCUGUCUUCCACACUGACAAUAGGUCUUAUUCUCAUGGCAUGGUGUUUAGGACUUCAGCAUAGUGGCUGUAUACUCAGGGUGUAUUUUGGCUUUUUAACAGCUAUCUUAAACUGUCUUGAAUUGCAUACAAUGUUGUAGAUACGAUUUCAUCAGUAAAAAGUCGCUAAUAUUUGGAAACUUAAUUUUUGAUAAUAAGUUUUAUGAAGAUACAUUUAUCAGAUAUUUUGCAUUUUAUUGCAAUCCAAGAUCCUUAAAUUAUAAUAUACACACGGACAAAAACAUAGCAGAUGGUAGUGGCACUUUUAAUUAAUAGCUGAUAGAAAAUCUGGUGUCCCAAUCAGUUUCAUUUAAACAGGUGGUAUAUAGUCAUUAGAUGUCACUCUUGCUUUUAAAAGCUACCAGGAAUUCGUUACAAUCCAUCUGGAUAAAGUUGUUUCUUCCAAAUCAUCACCCCAAAGGAACCAUAUACACAACUCUACUUUUGGGGUCCUUAUUUUAUUUGGGAGAUGUAUGAUUUGAAAAGAUUGAAUUGAUGCAUAUUCUAUCCAGUUGUUCAUACUUUCUGACCCGCCUGCAGAUAUAGUUCCAUACUGUCUCAUGAAAUCAGUAUUUCUUUACCUCCUCCCCUGGGUGCCAGUCCUAAAACAGAUGUGAGCAUUUGUCAGACUCUGCAGAGAGGAGCUUACCUGCUAGUGGUGAAUGCCGGGAAACCAGUAAUUCCAAUGGAGCGAAAUGGAGAGGGGCACACCGUGCUGUGGGGAUGUACCGUGGGGGAGGUCUCCUAUUCCAGGGCUUUAGGGAGGGCUUCCGGGAGGAAAUUAUAUCCAAGCUGGGACUGGGUGUGUGGGAGUUAGCCCCAGGAAAGAGGAAUAGUGAUAGUCUGGAUUGAAGUAUUUGGGAAGCCCAGAUAUGAGCUGGAAGGGCACGUGAGAUAUAAAAAGAAGCCCCUUGUAGCUGCAACUUAAAGAUCAAGGGGGAGGAGAGAGGCUAGACCAAGGGCAGAACUCAGCCCCAGUCCAUGGAGGACUUAGUGAACCAAGGAGAGGGUCGGCUCCUGUUAUAUCCUGGACUCCUCCUCCUCGUCAGAUGAAUGGUCUUCCUCACAACCUCUCCAUUGCAGUCAGAGAAGGACACAGUGCCCCUGCAUGUGACCCAGAAGUUAUGACUGCACUGACCUGAGGGUAUUAACAUUGCCUUUCUAUGGAUGGACCUCCCCCCCGGACUGCAAGCUUCAGAUGGGCAGGCAGUGUGUCAGUUUCUCUUGGCAUCCCCAGCUACCAGCCCUUUAGGGCCUGCCUUGAGUGGCUACUCUUUUUCUCCUUUGCUUACCUGCUUUUGUUUAUUUUACACCCUUUCCCACUUGCUUGCCUGGUCUACUCUUCCCUGUAGUUUCUCCACAGUGCCUCUGACCCACUACGCAAACGGUGUUUGCCACAUUGCUGUUCAUCACAGGCCUUUCUUUGCCCUUGGAAGGCAGCAAUGAAUGUGGAUCAUGAGGUUAACCUCUUAGUGGAGGAAAUUCAUCGUUUGGGUUCAAAAAAUGCUGAUGGAAAACUGAGUGUGAAAUUUGGGGUCCUCUUCCAAGAUGACAAAUGUGCCAACCUCUUUGAAGCGUUGGUAGGAACUCUCAAAGCUGCAAAACGAAGGAAGAUUGUUAUGUACCCAGGAGAGCUACUUUUGCAAGGUGUUCACGAUGAUGUUGACAUUAUAUUGCUGCAAGAUUAAUGUGGUUCACAUAUCUUUAUGAAUUGCUGUUUUUUGGUUUCUGGUGAACUGGAUUAUGUAGUCAAACAACAAAUGUUUGCGCAUACUUAAUGUAUUUUUAUAGAACUUUGUAAACAAAAGGAGACUCAUAUUUUAAAAGUCUGUCCUUUUUUAUAUCUUGAAAGAAUUUAUGUAUUACACUGCAAAACAAAUAAAUCAUAUUAUUUUUCUUAGGAAUCUGGCUGGGAAAUGAAGGCGAUGAUCUUUUUUUUUUUUGGAGGGGAUAAGGGAAUAAUUGUUCCAUAGAUCAUUCUUAGAUAAUUUCUACAGAUAUUUGACAUUCUGCGAAAGCAAGAAGCAAACUAAAGACCAACCCCCAUGAAAAAUACUAUAACGUUUAUGUAAUAAAGACAUGUAACUGUCUUAAAAUU